AUGGUGGGCGACGGUGGCCGCGCGGCGGCUGCGUGCCCGUGGUGGCGGCGGUGGUUCGGAUCUGGCCACGGGCUGCUGCGGGCAGAUCUGGUGGAUCCCUUCUCUACGUGCUCUGGCUCGGCCUCCCUCUCCUCUCGGUCGGGGUCGGAGCGCGGCAUUUUCGAUAGACGGCGCGGGUUGGGGCAGCGGCCGGGCGUGGCUGUAGCUCUGGCCGUGGGCGGCGGCGCGAGGAGGUCCGGGGGUGGUGGCCUCCCGGUGGCGCGGCGGCUACACGGUGGCCGGCGGCUCUGGCCGCGGCGUCGGCUCGUCUGCAGUCAGAUUGCUCACUUUGUCAAGAUCUUCCCUGGGGUUUCUCAUGGAUGGACCGUGAGAUACAAAAGCGAAGACGCAGCUGCUGUGAAGAGCGCCGAGGAAGCCCUGGCGGACAUGGUUGACUGGUUUAACAAGAACCUCAAGUAAACCUAAUGAAUUAGCGGCCAUCCUUUUGUAAUAAGCCAGUGUCACUCUUCAGGAGUCAUCACGCGAGCACCCACGGUUUAUGUUAUGGUCUUAGCUAUAUAGCCUAUAGCGCAUGCAUCUUUGUCUGCCGCAGGUCUGCUGGUAUGUGUGUGAUUGCUCGUAUCGGGGUCUGCUUGUGCUGAACAUUGAACUACUGCACUCAAAUAAAAUGUGGUAUUUGCAGUUUGUGA